ACUUUUCAAUACUAAAAUUUCCACCACACUUGUUUAUCCAACAUUUUCUAUAAAAGGAUGUAAUGCCGUGAGCAUAGAAAACCAUCUAAAGGGAUUAAAGGUGAAAUCGACCGUUACUGUAGGCAAUGGAAGGAAAAAUGUCUCUACAAUGGAUCUCUUACUUAAUAGCAGCAUGGCUAUGGUGCAGUGUCGCGUUUGGAACAACUUUGGAGCUGUCGGCAGCCUUAAAACCAAACGAGAAAUUUCUUGAAAGCUACGAAGAAAAUUUAAAAAUAUUGCGCGACCAAUCAGGAAAUUCAGCAGACCUCAGGCAUGGAAUUCCGGUGCUGUUUCAUAAGGCUAAUUUGCCUUCCAGUGGACGGUUUUUUACAUUAACGGUGAAUGGAACUUGCGAAAUCAAACUCGUAAUCGACAAAACUAACGUAAAGAUGGUCGCCUUCAUCGCGAAUACCAACGGAUUUAUAUAUAACGUCACAGAUUUAGAUGAUGCAGAAGCAAUCAAUGGAUAUGUGGCAAAUAUGACAACUCAACAGCAUUUGAUGCCGUUCAGCAAUAAUUAUGAUGAGCUUGAGAAAGUUUCAGAAUACAAAAGAGAAGACGUGCUGUUGGGCUAUCCAUGGCUAAUCCAAUCCAUUGAUGAGCUUUAUAGUUAUCAACCGGGUGGCAGUAAUCUUGUAUUUGUAGCUGCUUCGACGAUGAGAAUAAACCAGCUGAUUACUGAGGCGGGACGAUUCAGGGAAAUCGAGCUUUUGAUUCGUCAGGGUAUUCGAUACAACGACACUUUUAAACCGACUCAGGGCAUGAUUGACUUGCAGGAUAAAUGGGAAAAUCUUUCUCGUGCAGUUCAAGAAUCCGGUGUACAGGGAGCUUUUCGUAACGCAGUUCAAAUUGUAAGACACGACGGAAGCCAGAUUUCUAUCGACAAUGUCAGAAGUUUAAUGGGAAUUCUAUCUCUGAUGCCGUUCCAGUGUGAUGCUCCAUCGACGACCUUUUCGCCUCUUAUAAGAUCCGUCGUUCCAAAUCUGGACGAUGGUGGCGUUUGUGAAUAUGCCGAGCCGACGGUUUGUCUCGUGGGCAGAAACCAUCUUUGUAUUACUCUUGGUCCAUUUUGUGGGAGAUUUACUUUAAAAAGAGACGGUACAAUUCGAACAAACGGCGUCUGUCUUGGCACUAAUGAUGCAGGAGACUCCCUUACAGCGACAUAUUGCCCCGAUGUUGUCUCAGACGUUAAUCGGUGGGAAUUAAGCGACGACGGAACAUGCAUGAGCCGUAAAUCCGGUUUGGUUCUGGCAGCAACAGCAACAGGGGCGCUUUUCUUACAGAACAACAGUUAUACAGCGGGUCAAAGUUGGUUAGCAACUAAUUCUUUAGCACCUUUUAUGGCACCCAUUUACGGGAUUAAAGAGCUCUGCUUGCAGUCAAAUGAAACUGAUAUCUGGUUAACGAAUUGCACGAAAGAAUCGGAGCAGCUCUGGGCUUUCUACGCUGACGGUUCGCUUCGACCUAUGUUAAAUCAAAUAAACUGUCUUAGUACCAAUGGAACCAGGGGAAGCGUCGUCAAAAUUCUUUCAUGUGAUCCUACAUCCUCCGGGCAGCGAUGGUUGUUCAAGAAUGAUGGCUCUAUUUGGAGUAAAUAUUAUAGAUCGGUGCUAGAUGUUUCUGGCUCCAAACCAGAGCGGAAAAGAAUACUCCUUUGGGGAUUCAACGGAAAUGCGAACCAGAAAUGGACACCAUUGCUGUGAUUUAUUAUGUAGCUUCUUAAUAAUAUCAGUACUCUUUGUCGUGUGCAAUGCUUAAUAAGAGGAUAGCAUCUUAUUGCUGCCCCUCAUGUAAUAAAUGGAACGUUAUUUAUGA